UAAAUGGUAACAAAACUAAACAUUUUGGGCCACUUCAAAAUUUUCUAUUUAUCUCGUGCUUCUUUUCCCAAGUCCCUAAAUCAUUUCCGCCUCUCUCGAUUCGCCGUCGUGGUCUCCGCCGCGAAUCGUCCACCUUCCAACUUGGACUGCCCAGACAAGAGUUGUAGCAUUUUGUACCAUGAAGAAAUGUACGAUGAGAUGGGGUGAUGAUGAUGAUGAAGAAGAUGAAGACUCAUCUGAGGAGUCAUCAUCUUCUGACUCUAACGCUGAUACUACUGAGACUGGGAAGAAGAAGAAGAGAAAGAGCAAGAAGACUAUAGCGAGGUUUGGGAAGAAAGAGAAGAAAGCUUUUGACUAUGAAUCUCUGCAACAGCACGGUUACAAAGCAGUUGGUCUUCCAGAUUUGCCUCCUCCUGUGGAGGAGAAAGAGGAUUGGUCAUGGGCUACGGGGAAGGAUAAAGCAAGAGGAGAGGAAGUGAAAGAGAGUUUUCGAGAACGAGAAGCUACUAGAGCUGCGGUUUCAGGUGGGGAGACCAUUGCGAAUGCGCAGCUGCGGAGUGAUAGGAAGAGUCUUUCUUUUUCGCAGAAGGAGAAGAAGAAGAGAGAUUUGGGGCAAGCGAGUAGAGGGAAGAACUACGUUGAAGAAGAGAAGAGGCAGUUGAGAGAGAGUGGUGUUUACUCUGGCUUUGAUUCUUAAGAAAAAGACUCAACUUUCAGGUAACAUCUUUGUAGUGUGGUAAUGUAUGUGAAGAAACAAGAGCUUGAUUUACACUAUCUAUUAGCCACGAUAUUUACAUGGAGAAUCAUCAAUUACUUGCUUUGUUCUAUUUGAAAAUCUCAACUUUGAGGUAACGUCUUUGUGUUUGAUAUGAUUGUGAAGAAACAAGAAUUUGAUUUCA